UACCACUCUAGUGUUCAUUCUCGCCUGCAUCGCAUCUGGAUCUCACACGCUGUACCCAUCUGAUCGACAAACCGCCGAUUCUUCGUAUACUUUUUACUUGGUCUUGAGACUGACGCGCCAUUCGAGCCGGGUUAGUAAAAACGACGCGCUCAAAACACUUUUUGUCUUUUCAAUGAGUUAAGUCAAAAAUAGUACCCCAAAGGUUAACUAACUUUAGAUCAGUGCCAAAAUGCAGUGCGAUACCGACGAUGUCCGUUUUGCGGUAGAAAAUUUCAUUCAUCGCUAACAGUUGUGUGAUCCAGUGAUUUUUUAAGUGAGACAAAAUCCGGCAAAGCUAAAUACCAAUUUACAAAAUUUUGUCAACAAUUUCCUAUUAAGCAACGUGCAAAAUGCAAAAUUUCUGCUGACAAUAAUUUACUAUACACAAACGAAUCAUCGAAAUAGCUGAACUAGGUGAACUCGUAUGACAUUAUCAAUUAAAGUGUUUCAACCAACAAGUGAAAUGUACGUGACAUUCCGAAAGCCUUUAUGGACGAUAAUCUUGAUACUUUGUACCGUUUCCGAAGCUCAAAUCGAGUUGGAGCAAACUCCAGUUGUGGGGAUAAAAGAACUAAGUCGAUGCUAUGACGCUUUUAACCUGCCUCAGAGAUGUAUUCCCGAAUUCGAAAAUGCGGCUUUUAACCUUCUGGUAGAGGCAACGAAUACAUGUGGUGAAAUGGAUACUCAAGAAUACUGCUUCCAAACAGGAGUAUCUGGAGCACGAAAAUCAUGUGCACUAUGCAAUCCUGGAGAUCACAAUGCUAUUUACCUCACUGAUAUUCACAACUUGGACAACCUGACCUGGUGGCAAUCUGAAACCAUGCUUGAAGGGAUUCAGUGGCCGAACCAAGUUAAUCUAACUUUGAAGUUUGGUAAAGCAUUUGAUAUAACUUAUGUGAGAUUAUGGUUCAAUUCUCCUAGACCUGAGAGUUUUUAUCUAUCAAAAAAGACCGAUGAAGGAGGAGAUUGGAUACCAUAUCAGUAUUACAGUGCCACCUGCAGAGACACCUACGGACUACCAGAUUCCACUCAUGCCAAAAGAGGAGAAGAAACGCGAGCAUUGUGUACCUCCGAGUACUCUGACAUUUCACCGCUACGUGGUGGAAACGUAGCAUUUGGUACUUUAGAAGGACGACCUUCGGCUUACUAUUUCGAUACCAGCCCAGAUUUGCAGGAAUGGGUAACAGCAACAGAAAUAAUGAUCACUUUAGACCGCAUCAAUACAUUCGGAGAUGAAGUAUUUGGAGAUUCGCAUGUGCUACGUUCUUACUUUUAUGCUAUCGCUGACCUAGCAGUGGGAGCUAGAUGCAAAUGCAAUGGACAUGCUUCCGAAUGCGUUACCAGUACAAGUUCUUCGGGAAACCGGUCCAGGGUUUGUCGAUGUGAACAUAACACUGCCGGGCCGGACUGUGGAGAAUGUCUUCCAUUUUACAACGACGCUCCAUGGGCUAGGGCUUCGAUAUUAAACGCCUAUGAAUGUAAACAAUGCAACUGUAACGGUUAUUCAACUCGUUGUAUGUUCGACCAGAAGCUGUAUGAUCAAACAGGACACGGUGGACACUGUUUGGACUGUUCGGCCAAUCGAGAUGGGCCAAAUUGUGAAAGAUGUCGUCCAAAUUACUAUAUGGUAGAAGGUGGACAGUGUACGGCUUGCAAUUGUGAUGAAGUGGGCUCGGUAUUUCAUCAAUGCAAUUCCCAAGGAAAAUGUCAAUGUAAACCUGGAGUAACUGGCGAAAAAUGCGACAGAUGUGCAGAGAAUCACUACGACUUUUCCAAGUCGGGAUGUGCAUCUUGUGAUUGUUUUGCGCCCGGUUCCGCUUUUAAUAUUCCGAGAUGCGAUCCUGAAACUGGCGUUUGCGCUUGUAAAGAAAACGUUGAAGGAAAACGGUGCAGAGAAUGUAAACCCGGAUUCUUCAAUUUGGAUUUGGAUAACGAAUUCGGCUGCACACCGUGUUUCUGCUAUGGACAUUCUUCCGAAUGCAAACCAGCAAUAGGCUAUUUCAAAUACUUGGUUGAGUCAACUUUCGCAAAAGGAUCCGACAAAUGGACAGCUGAAGAUGAACGCGGCAAAUCACACCAACUAAAGUUCGAACGAAUUAGUCAAAGCAUCGGAGUGCAGUCAGAUGGACAUGAGUCGAUUUACUUUAUUGCUCCUGAUCGGUUCCUUGGAGAUCAGCGAGCCUCAUACAACCAGCUGCUGGACUUUUCUUUAAGAGUAGGCGACAGCCGACCAGUGCCUACAGCAACUGACGUUAUUUUGGAAAGUGGGAACCUUUCAGUUACAAAUACCAUCUUCGCUCAAAAAAAUGAGCUUCCCAGUGUUGAGACGAAAAACUACAGAUUUCGACUGCACGAACACCCAGAUUAUGGAUGGCAACCGCGACUGACCUCAAGAUCCUUUAUUUCACUGCUGACAAAUUUAACAGCUAUAAAAAUCAAAGGGACUUUCACCCCUAAAGGAGUGGGCUUUUUAGAUGAUAUCAAACUGGAAACAGCUUCUCGGGGUGUUGCGGGAAAGUCCGCUCUGUGGAUUGAACUUUGCGAAUGUCCAACAGGUUACGUGGGUCAAUAUUGCGAGUCGUGUGCACCUGGAUAUAGGCAUACACCGGCAAUGGGAGGACCAUUUAUGAACUGUAUUCCAUGCGAUUGCAAUAACCAUGCGAGUAUUUGUGACUCUGAAACGGGACGUUGCAUAUGUCAGCACAAUACCACCGGUGAAAACUGCGACUUGUGCUCCAGAGGAUUUUAUGGAAAUGCCCUGGAAGGAACUCCUGAAGAUUGCCAACCAUGCGGAUGUCCGGAUGGUGGAGCAUGCACGCAAAUAGAUGACGAAGUGACAAUGUGUACCGAAUGUCCUACGGGAUAUUCCGGCCUGAAAUGUGACCUGUGCUCAGAUGGGUACUUCGGAGAUCCGUUAGGAAAAUUUGGAAUUUCCAGCUUAUGUCAACCAUGUGAGUGCAACCAGAAUAUUGACGCUAAUGCGAUAGGAAACUGCAACACUACUACUGGAGAGUGCUUGAGGUGCAUCCACAACACUGGGGGACCUACGUGCGAUAUUUGCUUACCUGGAUAUUUCGGCAACGCCCUAGUCCUACCAAAAGGAGACUGCAAGAAAUGUGAGUGUUUCCGACAGGGAACAGACGACUUCGAAGGGGAACCCAUUUGCGACCAAACAACCGGAGAGUGCCAAUGUAAGAGCCACGUAGUUGGUACCAACUGCAAUAAGUGCGAAAGUGGAUUCUUCAAUAUACUGUCUGGAGAAGGAUGUCAAAGCUGCAACUGCGAUCCAGUGGGAUCUUUCAAUCAAACCUGCGACUUACAAACGGGACAGUGUUACUGCAGGCGCGGAGUAACAGGACUAAGAUGUGAUCACUGUGAAGCUCGGAAAUUUGGAUUUUCAAUUGACGGAUGCACAGAAUGCGAGUGUGAUCGAAUCGGCUCCAAAGAUCGUCAGUGCGAUGCUACUGGUCAAUGUCCCUGCUUAGACAACGUCGAGGGAAGGAAAUGCAACCGUUGCAAAGAAAAUAAAUAUGACCGACAGAGAGGCUGCAUAGAUUGUCCAGAUUGUUACAACUUGGUCCAAGAUGCCUACAGAAACCAUACGGCCAAAUUGGAUCAAUUAGAUGAAAUUUUGAACGAAGUUGAGCAUCAGCCUACUGUUAUUGAUGAUGAUGAAUUCCCGGACGAACUCGGUAAACUGGAAAACGAAAUUGACGAUUUUCAUGACCGAGUUAAAUCAGCAACUGGGGAAAAUAGCAUUUUUGACGAAAUCAUCAACAUCAAGGAGAGAGAGAAAGAUGUUGCUAGAACUUUGGAGGAAAUUGAUGAAAACAUAUUCACAACAAACGACAAAUCGAAAAAAGCGGAACACAAUCUGGACCAUGCCGAAGAAUUCUUAAUUGAAGUAGAGGAAAGAUUGCUGGAAGUCGAAGAUAACUUUGACCUGCAAGGCAAAAAAGCUUUCCAAGCGGCAUGGGAGAGAUCUAAAGUAGUAGGACAACAGUCCGACAAAAUGACCGAAGUUGCCCAAGAAGCCCGAGAAAUAGCGGAUGAUCUAGAUCAAAGAGCUACUCAACUGGUAGACGAUGCUAAACAAGCCAAAAAUUUGUCCAUAGAAGCAUACGAUAAAAUUAAAACUACGCACGUAAUGCAGCAAAAUAUAAGCGAAAAUGCACGAAAGCUUAAAGCGGAAACCCAAAAUCUGGAGCAGCAAUUAAACAGAACCAGAGAAUGGACAAGACAAGUCACCGAAGGAGCUAGAGAGGCUAAAAACGACGCAUUGGGACUUUUAAAUGAUGUAAACAAUCUCUUAGUACCGCAAACAAACGUGUCCAGUUUAAGAGCUUUUUCCAACGACCUGAAAAGCGAAGCAUUCCGAUUAGGAAAUAAGUCAAAAUCGUUAUUGGAAACCGCUGAUAAUCUAAGGAAUUCAAUCGAAGAAAAAUCCACCGAUGGUCGAGAAUUAUUGGACACCGCUCUGGAACAGCAAGAGGAUAUCGAAGGAUUGAAGAACGAUAUUGUGUUUUGUGGUUCACAAGCAAACAAAACUGUGCAAUUGUGGAACGAGAUUUUGGAGAGAGCCGAAGUUAACUUCCAGCUAAUAACUGAAUUCGACACGCAAACACAGGAGUCGAAAGAAAAGGCGGAAUGGGCUCUAAGCACAAUUCCGGAAAUAGAAAGUAUUUUAAACGAAAGCAACAAGCAAACCAAUCAAGCACAGAAAACCCUAGAAGACGCCCAGGACAACGCCGAUAUAGCCCUUAGAAAAGCCGUUGACGCUGACGAUUUAGCUAGAAAUGCAUCGACGAAAACGGAAAAAAUUAAGCUGGACGCUGAAGAACUGCUACAUAAUACAACAUUCUUAAGUGAUGAGGCAGAAUUUAUGUAUGAUCGCGUUCUGAACACUGAAGCCGAAUUGAAAAACUUGUUGGAAACUGCUUCGAGUAAUAACACUUUAGUGCACGACGCUAAAGAAAAGGUUGGUCGAGCUGGUAAAGAUACAGAAGCAACCCAAUCAAGAGUAACCGAACUGCUAAACGACGUAGAAAGUAUCAUAACGGAACUGCAAAAUACACCAGAUAUAAACGAAGAAGAACUUGAAAGACUCGAAGAAGCCCUUCGUAUUGCUGAGCUACAACUAAAAGAGACCAAGUUGGAAGAGCAACUGGAAGAAUUGGAAAAGCAGCAUAAAUCGCAAAACGAUUUAAUUGAAAGCUACAAGAAGCAAAUCAGCGCCUUAGAAGUAGAUGUGCAUAAUAUUGCGCAAAUAGUAAAUUCUUUGCCUGAGGGCUGUUAUCGAAGAGUUGAACUCGAACCUUAAAUGUAUAGUAUAAAAAUAGCAUUUAUUUGACUGAUUUAGAUAUAUCUGUAACUGGAAAUCGAUAUGCUUUUAACUUUUUAAAGUCAUAAAUAUGGUUUGGAUCUAGAAUGAAUAUUUCGCCUAAUUUGGCAAGAAUUUCAUUUAUUGGGAUAAUUUUCCAUACACUACAAACAUGGUGUUGCAAUCAAUCUGAACCAUAGUUAUUUUAAUUCGUAUUAGUACUAGUUUUAUCAGUUUACGUUAGAAAGGCUAUGGUUUAUCAGCGUAGCGUUAUAAGAAUAACCAAAGACUUAAAAAUUAUCAGUUUAAAUCUAUAUUUUACUAACUUUGUUCCGACAAAUCUAAAGCGCUAAGUCCUUAGAUGCAGUUGACUGAAGGGUAAUUAUUGAAAAUGAAAAAUGUAGAAUUGUUAUACGAGUAUUAGAAUUAAACUUUUUAAAUGAA